ACAUAUUACAACAUCAACUAGAAAUUCAAUAGUCUUGUUUAUCUAUUUACAAACAUGGGGCUUUAAAGUUUUGCUGAACAAACUAUGCAAGAAAGCUGUAUUAAUAUAGAAAUGGAUGAUAAUUCGAAUGGAUUAAUAAUAUCAUCGAAGGCUACAGCGAAGACAACAUCUGAGCAGCAAGUGGACAAACCUUUACCAUUUUUGUUAUAUUUGUCUCCAAGUCAGUGGGAGAGAUCAGGGGCGGCUAAAAAGGAGAAAGAGACUGAAUGCAAAGGGGUCAAGCGCUCCUGUACGAACGAUCCGGAGCCCAACAAGAAAUUGAAACGCACACACUUUUAUAGCGAGGUCUACUUGAACCCGAAACCGUUGCAAACGGAAGACGUGAAACGUGGAGCCAAUUGCAUAAUGGAACACUCGCUAUGGAUCGCCAUGCAAGACAAACUAGUGGAUCAGGAGAGGAAGAAAAUAAAGCGCAAGCACAAGAAGAAGAUGCAGCAGCCCCAGCCGCAGCAAGUACAACCACGAGAGGCAGGCUCUUGGACACAUAAGCUACCAAAAGAGGAGUCUUCGGAAGAUGAGCCACUAGAUCAACCAAAAGAGCCAGGCUCGUGGGCACAUAAGCUACCAAAAGAGAAGUCUUCGCAAGAUGAGCCAGAAAAGCAACCAAAAGAGCCAGGCUCGUGGGCACAUAAGCUACCAAAAGAGGAGUCUUCGCAAGAUGAGCCAGAAGACCAACCAAAAGAGCCAGGCUCGUGGGCACAUAAGCUACCAAAUGAGAAGUGUUGGUUACAUGAUCCACAAGAACAACCGAAAAACCCUCUCUCGUGGGCACAUAAGCUACCAAAAGAAGACUGCUGUUGUCAACACGAGCCAGAAGAGCAUCUAGCAGGGCCUAUCUCGUGGCUACCAAAGGAGUCUCUAUCGAGGGCACAUAAGCUACCAAAAGAGCCAGGCUCGUGGGAAUAUAAGCUACCAAAAGAGAAGUCUUGGCAAGAUGAGCCAAAAGAGCAACUAAAAGAACCAGGCUCGUGGGCACAUAAGCUACCAAACGAGAAGUGUUGGUUACAUGAUCCACAAGAGCAACCAGAAAACCCUCGCUCUUGGGCACACUGGCUAGCAAAAAAAGUGCUGUUGUCUACACGAGCCAGAAGAGCAUCCAGAAGAGCCUAUCUCGUGGCGACCAAAGGAGUCUCUCUCGAGGGCACAUAA